UGCGGUUCAGUCCGGGGGAAAAAAGAAAUAGGGUUAAGAAAAAUAACAGAAAACUAUUGAAAAAUACGAGUAAUUCCGUAAUAGCGCUGUGUACACGAGUGGUCUCUGUUUCUUUCUGGUUACUGUAGAAAAAUACGCCUAGGGUUUUAGUAUUACUUUUUUUUUUAUUAUUUUGCUAGCGGACGGAGAUUUAUUUUGGUUCUUUUUUUUAUUUUAAAAUCUAGUAUAAAAAGGAAUCGCCCUCCGAUGUUGAAGCAACAGCUGAGUGUUGGAGGCCGAAAAGCCCCUAACGGGACCGUCCCCACGGCGGGGUCGACCUCGUCCGCCAGCCCCGGGGGCAGCAGCAGGUCGGCCGCUGGAAGGGGCAGAAACUCUGGCAAGGGACCUCCACAGUCCUCUCCAGUCUUUGAGGGAGUUUAUAAUAACUCCAGAAUGCUGCACUUUCUUACUGCUGUAGUGGGUUCCACGUGUGAUAUCAGAGUGAAGAACGGAAACAUUUACGAGGGGAUAUUUAAAACCCUCAGCUCCAAGUGUGAGCUGGCAGUGGAUGCUGUUCACAAGAAGCCCCCCGAGCAGGUCUCUCCGGGAGGGGUGGGGGUGCCCCCCAAGAGGGAGGACAUCGUGGACACCAUGAUCUUCAAACCCGCAGAUGUUGUCACCAUGCAGUUCAAAAACGUGGACCUGAACUACGCAGCAAAAGACAAGUUCACAGACUCGGCGAUCAGCGGCUCCAAAGUGAACGGGGAGCACAAAGAAAAGGUGCUUCAGCGCUGGGAGGGAGGAGACAGCAACGGAGAGAGCUACGACCUGGAGAGUGACGCGGCGAAUGGCUGGGAUCCCAACGAGAUGUUUCGCUACAACGAGGAGAACUACGGCAUCAAGUCCACCUACGACUCUAGCCUGUCUCUCUACACUGUUCCUCUGGAGAAGGGCACCUCGGAGCAGUUCAGACAGAGGGAAGCCCGCGCUGCGAAGCUGGCCAGUGAGAUAGAGUCCAGCCCUCAGUACAGACAGAGGGUUUCAGUGGAGAACGACGAGGGCCGCUCAGAGGAAGACAAGUACAGCUCUGUGGUGCGGGAGAGAGACCGAGAUAGGGACAGUCCCAGGGACAGGGACAGAGACAGCCCCAGCCUCAGCAGUAGCAGGGAAGGCAAGUACACCCCCCUGCCUCAGCGGGCCCGCGAGAGUGGGGUUGUGAGGGGGUGUCUAAGGGGCUCCUCUGGGGGGGGCUCCCAGUCCCUGAGGGGGGCUCUGGGCAGCAGGACUGUGGGCAGCAUGUCUACCCUGCCCCCCAGGUCAGGCUCUGCUCACCCCUCCACUGACAGCAGUGGCCAGUCCCAGCCACGUGGGGGCUCCUCCCUGACAGAGACCAGCCUGGCCACACGUGGAUCCUACUCUGGCCACCAUCUCCACCACGCCUCCGGCUUCCAAUCCCACCAUGCUGAGCCACGAGGGUCCUUGCACCCCCCUUCCACGGACAUGGCCACGAGCCCCAGCCUUCAUGGCUCUGCUGUAGAAAGUGGUGGUGCUUCCCCUCUCUCGGUGGCUGGAGGUACUUCAGGCCUGCCCCCUCUAUCUGUUGCCACGCAAGCUCUGCCACGAGCCAUCACAGAGCCCAUGGCCCCCCAGUCCACGGGACAGCCACAAAGCAACCAGCUCUCUACUGGGAGCAGUGCAGGCAGCCCGGCAGGACAGGAGCAGCAGAGAGUGCUGAAUGGAGGUGCAUCACGCAUGUCUCCCAAAAGCCAGAGAAUUGCCAGUAGAACCAUCAAACCUACCCCCAGCCCCACAGGAACCGCCACCAGCGCAGGUGUGGCUCGUGCCUCCUUUCCUCCCCGUUCCCUCAAGUCUGGCUCCACCCAGGAUUCACCUUUGACCCCUCCCUACCUUGACAACACCCCCGUCUCCACAGUGACCAGCAAGCCCUUUGGCCCCUCCCCCACCCCCACCUUCAAUGUUGACGUUAAUGAGAUUAUCAGUUCUGGAGUAAAAGACAGAACUCUGGACAGUCCUGGAAAUGGCAUUGACACCACGAAGCCCUGCGUGAAAGCCCCCACGGAACACCAUCGGAACCAGUUGGAGGAGCUGAGGAAAUUCGGUAAAGAGUUCCGGUUGCAAUCCAGUGGUGGUGCUGUGGAUCCCGAGCCUGUUUCAAAGGACGUUGGCAGUGGUUCUGCUGACCCAAACCAGCAGAGGGAUAGCAGUGGUAGUUCUGUGGAGUCGUUACCUGUCCAGGCAGUUGAUCAACGGCAGCAGUCGGGCCUGUCUGAACCCCAGGCAGAGUCCUCUGCAGACAGGCAAUCUCCAGGGACACCUGCAGCAGCCAGGACUCCGAGCGAGAGUGAAGAGAGACCAGAAGGCCUACCAGACCAAGUGAAGAAAUCCACACUGAACCCGAAUGCCAAGGAGUUCAACCCCAACAAAUCUGUCCUCCCUGUGUCGAAGCAGACAAGCACCCCAACUCCCCCUCGACCCCAGACUCUGCCCAGCCCCUCGAUCACAGUCCUGCCCCCCCAAAACCAGGGAGGCAUCUACAACACCCCCUACAUCUCCAACGUCUAUCAGUUUCACAUGGGACCUGCUGUCCAGGGCCACCAGAUGUACCAGUACACAGUGUCUGCGGUGAGCCAGGGGAAAUACCAACGAGCCAAAGGCUCUGUGGGUCCUCAGCGCUCGGAUCAGCACCACACAGCCUCUGCCCCACCCAUGAUGCAGGCAGCCACAGCAGCAGGGCCCCCUCUGGUGGCGGCUUCUCCCUACCCCUCCUCCUAUAUCCAGUACCCCCAGCAAUACCCUGGACAGCAGGCAGUGAUGCAGGCCAUCCAGCACUACCAGUCUCAGCCGAUGUACCCCAUGCUCCAGGGAGGCAACCCCCGCAUGAUGACGUCAGGAGGGCACCCCCAAACCCUUGUUUCCUCUAGCACCCCACAGUACCCCUCUGCAGACCAGGGACCCCCACAGGCCAUGUACGCCACCGUCCCCCAGCCCUACCCUCACCACAGCACUCCCCUGCACCCCCACCAGCCCCAGCCAGCCACCACCCCCACUGGGAACCAGCAAGGAAGCCAGCACCCGGCACCCAGCCCAGUGCAGCACCAGCCUGGUCUGGGUUCAGGGCAGCCCCCUCAGCAGGGCCUGUAUCAUACGGGGGCCCUGACCCCCACACCCCCCUCCAUCACCCCUGGACCAAACUCCCAGUCCCCCCAGAGCGGCUACAGCCAGCAGCAGGUCUACGCCAUUCACACACAGCUGCAGCACGGCUACCCUGGCUUGGGGCAACUAGCGCAGGCUCAUGUUCAGGGUGCUCUCUCUCAGGGUCACCCUCACCCUCACCCCACCGGCUCCCACGGGCACCCCCAGGUCAUGCUGAUCCAUGCUCCCCCCCAGCAAGGGCAUGGGGCCCCCCCCAAUCACCCCGGGCAGGGGGGGCAACAGAGUGGCACGCACUACACCUACAUGCACCAGGUUCCAGUGCAGCCUGUCCCCACACAGCAGCUGUCCUUCCAUCCUCCUGGGAACUGAGGGUGAAGAGAUAAGGGGGGGGUGAUAGGUGUGGACUGACGAGAAUGCGCUAGAGUAACACCCCCCCACACACAGCCAGCCUACCCAGAGACCUGCACCCAGACUGCUUAAGGAACAGGGACCCUCCCUGCUGAGGAAGGGAAAAACAGACUGUGCUGCCCUUGCAAAACUUCAAAGCAGUUUGAGAUGACUUAUUUUACUUAUUUAUAAACUUCAGACUCUUCCCCCCUCCUCCCCCUCCCCUCCAUCCUUCUCUUGAACUUCCCUGUUUCGAUCACCCCCUUCCCUUUCUCUCCUCAUCCUCUUGAGUGAAGUUCUGGUCUGCAGACACCCAGGCGGAUGGGAAAGACAAACCUGAAAAAAGGACUCGACAGAAAUACAAAACUGACUUCUUUUACUUUGUUAAAAUAAUAAACAAAAAAUACAAAAAAGGACAAA